AUGCAGUAUACAAUGCCGGCGACGUUUGCGCGUGUCGUCGGAUUCGGGGAUGGGAGCAUGGUGGCCGUCUGGGCAGUGAUUGCGGAGUUGUCGACGGAGGUGCUCAGAGCGCAUGGUGUCACGUGCGCCAACACUUGCGAAAAAAAGUGCUAG